AUGACAACUGACUUUUCCAUCAUCUGCUGUUCUUCUUGCCAGACCCAGCUGCUGGAACUUCGGACACAAAAUUAUCAGCUCUCCGAUGAACUCCGCAAGAAUACUGCUGAAUUAAAUUGUCUUCGACAACGAGUGACCGUUUUGGAUAAGGAGUUUGCCAAGGCUCAGAAGGCUCUGAGUAAGAGCAAAAAGGCUCAGGAGGUGGAUGCCCUGCUUAGUGAAAAUGAAAUGCUUCAGGGAAAACUGCACAGCCAGGAAGAUGACUUCAGGCUGCAAAACAGCACCCUCAUGCAGGAGCUCUCCAAGCUGUGCUCCCAGAUCGAGCAGCUGGAGAAGGAGAACAAGUGUCUCCGGGAAGGGGAGGCCUCCACCGCUGAAGGUGUGUCCCCGGCCAGUCCUGUGGAUGGGGAGCUGUUGAGGCUGCAGGCGGAGAACGCUGCACUGCAGAAGAACAUGGCAGCUCUACAGGAGCGCUAUGAGAAGGAAUUGGCCCGGCAGGCAGAAAACCGAGGCAGUGGGAAGGGCAAUGGCUCCAUGGAGCCCAACCGUGCCAGGCCAGAGGAUUCAGAGGCCCAGGUGCCUGAUAGCAGCAGCAUCGCCCAGCAGCGGCUGUCAGAGGUGGAACUGAAGUGGCAGAUGGAGCAAGAGGAGAAAAUCCUUCUGAAGGAGCAGCUGCAGAGCCUCGAGGCAUCUAAGACAAUAGAAAUGUCCCAUUUGCAGCAAGAACUCAGCAAGCUUGCAGAGAAGCUAAAGAAGAAACAGGAGAGCUUUCUGCGUCUUCAGACAGAAAAAGAAGCUCUCUACAAUGACAGCAGGACAAAAAUUGAAGAGAUCCAACAGCGGAAGGAAGAGGAGCUCAAAUCCCUGCAGGUUCGCAACCAGAAACUCCAGCAAGAGCUGCAGACAGCAAACCAGGGCUUCUCUGAAUUAAAGGACCAGCUGCAGAACCGUCGGAAAGAGCAUGAAGUAGCCCUGCAGGCUCUGCAGGACCAAGUUGCUUGCCAAAGUGCGGAGAGCCAGGAGCAGGUUGAGACCAUUCUGUCUGAAAACGAUGCUCUGAGAACCAAUCUGGCAGCAUUAGAACAGAUCCAGACAUCCAAGACCCAAGAAAUGAAUCUGAUGCGAGAUCAGGUGGCAGCAUUGGGGGCAGAACUACAGCAGUGUCAGAAUGAGAAGGAGGUUCUGGCUGCCCGGCGGGAUGACCUCAACUCACAGCUGCAGGAGUCGCUCCGGGCAAACUCUCGUCUACUGGAGCAGCUCCAAGAACUUGGGCAGGAGAAGGAGAGAUUGUUACAAGAUCUUGAUGAAGCGAGAAAGACAGCAGAGAAGCGGAAGGCCAUGCUAGAUGAGAUGGCCAUUGAGACCCUGCAGGAGAAGGGGCGCCAUAAGGAGGAGUUGGGAAACCUCCGUCUGCAACACGAGAAAGAAGUGCUGGCCGUGCGGGCACGCUACGAGCGGGAGUUACGGGAGCUGCAUGAGCACAAGAAGCGGCAGGAGGAUGAGCUGCGUGGCCAGCUCAAGGAGGAGAAGGCUCGUAGCCAGGAGCUGGAGUCCAUGCAGCAAAUUGUGGAGGAGCUGCGCCUGCAAAUACAGUCCAUGGAUGGCACCAAGGGCUGGUUUGAGCGGCGGCUUAAAGAGGCAGAGGAACUGAUCGAGAAGCACCAGCAGGAGCAUGCAGAGGCCAUGCGGAUCUGCAAGGAGCAGCAUAUGGCUGACUUGCAGCUGAAGGACCAAGAAGUAGAAGCAACCAAGGAGGAGCUGCGAAAGAUUGAACGAGUCAGAGAGGAACACAUGGACACCAUCAACCGGCUGAAACAGGAGGUGAAAGACACUGUGGAUGGGCAGCGGAUCCUGGAGAAGAAGGGCAGUGCAGCGCUGAAGGACCUAAAGCGGCAGCUUCACCUGGAAAGAAAGCGAGCGGACAAACUCCAGGAGCGUCUGCAGGAGAUCUUGACCAAUAGUAAGAGCAGGACAGGAAUUGAGGAUCUUGUCCUGGCGGAUAUCAGCUCACCCAGCCGGGCACAGACAGGGGACAGCAGCAGCAUUUCAUCCUUCAGCUACCGUGAAAUCAUGAAGGAGGGUUCUGGAGCCGGCAGUAACAAGUCAACCACCGGCAGUCCGCAGUCACAGUCACAACUGCCACGGCCAGCUGACCUGUCAGAUGAAGAGAUCUCUGAGCUGUUCCAGCGCCUGGCAGAAGUUCAGCAGGAGAAAUGGCUGCUGGAGGAGAAGGUGAAGCACCUUGAAGUCAGCAGUGCCUCCAUGGCUGAGGACCUGUGCCGGAAGAGUGCCAUCAUCGAGACCUAUGUGAUGGACAGCCGCAUUGAUGUUUCGGGUGCCCACGGACAGGUCGAUCGGAGCAGCCUGAGCAGUGUCUUGAGGGACCUGGUGAAACCAGGCGAUGAGAACCUGCGUGAGAUGAACAAGAAGCUUCAGAAUAUGUUGGAGGAGCAGCUCACCAAGAACAUGCAUUUACAGAAGGAUCUGGAGGUUCUAUCCCAGGAGAUCGUCCGUCUCAGCAAGGAGUGCGUCCCGUCCCCGGAUGCCAAGCCUGUCCCGGAUGACGCCAUCUGAGCUCAGUUGCAUCCUGUGAGCCCCCACCCCCUUCGCUUCACCCUUGACUGCACUGCUGGCAUUGAGGGGGGGAGAAGAGACUGCCAUUUUCUGCCUGCCCCUCAGUUGGAUCACUUCUCUCCACUUUGUUUUGUUUUAGCAAGGUGUGUAACCCUCUCCAGCUAGCUGCCUUUCCCCUUUCUUAAUGCAGCAGAUGGUCUCUCCUCAAACCACUCCCUCCAUUGCCCCCGCCCUCAGGCCUUCCCCAGAGCAAAUUGAUUUCUCCCUAGUCACGUGCAUGCUGGUUACUCUCUGUGUAUUUCUAUUUGGGACAAUAACUGCUGACCCUUUAAAAAGCACCAGUUGAGAUGACUUUUUUUGGCGACUGCAUCUCUUGUGGCCUGGAAGACAAACUGCAGCUUGGUUCUAAAGGGGCCACUCAAGAAAUGAAAAAUCAGCAUUGAAUCUAUUAUUCCUGUUUGGAAUAACAGAGGGCCUGCUGAGAAGCAGAAUGGGAGGCAUUCCUGCCACAGUGAAGAGGAGCUUGGGAUAAUGUAGUCUUGGGAUAGGGCCUCCUUCCUUCCUUGCAGUCCACUCUGCAAGUUACACCUGUGAUCUUACAGCUUCUUUUUUCAGGGUCAUUCAUGCCCUACCCCCUUGAUCCCCAGUUUUUCCACACUCUUCAUUUUGCAUGCUUCGUUGGUCCUGAAACUACCUGUCCCAGCUGUAUCCAGCUGUUGCUGCUGUUAAUACAGAGUAAAAUAUUAUAGAUAAAUAAAAGUGUGUGCGUGUAUAUAUAUAUAUAUAUAUGUAUGUAUGUAUGUAUGUAUGUAUGUAUAUUUGCGCUGAUUCCCUGCCUAGUUUGGGUGGGGCUGAACUCAAGCAGUGCAAACCCUCGUCACUACAAGGUUCCUGCAGCACUUUCUGUUGGUGAGGGGUGGCAUUUGUGUUUAUUUAAUGUAUCAAUGACUUGUACAAGCCUGUAAUUGUCGAGCAACUGAUAAUGCAAACAAUGAUUUUUGACUGGC